UACCGACGACCGCGUGUCCGACAUGGAGCAGGAGGACAGCCUGGGCCUGACGGGCGGCGGCCGCGACAGCCCCCUGAAGCCCGGCGUCGGCGUCUGCGGGGGCGGUAUGGAGGGGGAGGACAUCCUGGCCAAGCUCCGCCAGCAGGUCUCGGCGGCGUCCCUCUUCAGCCACACCCGGGAGAGCAUCCUGGGCGGCUCCCCUCCUCCCCCCGGCUCGCCCAACAACAACAAUAACAAUAAUAACAAUAACAAUAACGGACACAACCUCUACGACCGCCUCCACACCCUCCUGCAGGCGAAGAUGAAGAGGGAGGAGGACGGUGAGGGGGACGAGGACUCGCGCGACCUGGUGCUCCGGGCGGAGGCGCUGCAGAGGCAGAGGGAGUCGCUGCUGUCGUCGCCACAGGCGCUCAUGAACGCCAUGAGGGGCGGCGGGCCGCCCUCGCUGGUGCCCCCCGGGCCGCACCUGCCCUUCAUCCCCAGCACGGUCGGCCUCCCGCCCACCUCACAGAUGCCGCCCACGCCUGGGUCGGCUGGGUCACGCGACUCCUCCGGCAACGGCACACGCACGCCCUCGCACACGCCCGAGCCGCACCAGAGUCAGCAGUCCUGGAGCUUCGAGGAGCAGUUCAAACAGGUGAGUCGGCCUUCCAGCGUAGAGAGAUGUCCAGAUUGCGGAGUUGCUGUGAAGGCAGCCACAGAAUCUGACUUCAGCGCACCUGCACGGGCGCAAGCGGGCGGCGUGGAUAUAUAA